UCGAUAUGCCCCGCCACGUCAAAAUCAAGCCGACCAGCAGUAACGUCCUCGCGGGUCUCUCGUCGUGAAAGAAAUUAUCUGAAGAAAGGAAAACCCCUUCCAUAGAGAUGCUCGAGGACCACGAACUGUUCAAGCAGCUCUGCGAAAAGCGCGGCGUUCUAGUGCCGCCCGAACUCUCGGAAGCGAUCAAAGUUGGCAACGCAACUGGGGAACUCCGUUUGUCCUGCAUGUCGAUAAUGGUUCCUGUCUGCGAGAUCCUGGGUCAAGUAUUGUCUUCAAGUUCCACAAUCAAGAUCGUAGACCUGAGCGACUGCAUGCUGUUAUCAAAAGGUCUAGGAAGCAUCCUGAGCGCCCUCUGCGAAGGCUCCAGUGUGACGACCUUAAACCUAAAAGGGAACAACAUAAACGGCCCAAUAGUUGGUCAGUUAGGCCAGGUCUUCGCCCAGAACAACACCCUGAAGAAGCUGCACCUAGAAUGGAACAGCGUGGGAGCACACGCGGAUUGGUUCCUGAAGUUCUGCGAGGGGCUCGGGAAGAACCAUAACCUAGAAGAGCUGGACCUGAGGUACAACCAGAUAUCCCCGCAUUGUUCUGAAGGUGUUUCCAGGAUCCUGAGGUGCAACAAGUCCUUGAAGAGCCUGGACCUGGCCUGGAACACGUUGGGCCUCCAAGGAGGGGAGCAAAUCCUGAACGCCAUGAGAGAGAAUAAAGCAUUGUUGAAGAUAAACCUGAGGGGAAACUGCAUCCCUGAUGAGAUAGUCCAGGCAAUCGAGGAGUGCGCCUUCGAGAAUCAAAGAAGAAGAGCUAUGACCGAGACGAACCUCUCAAAGGGGGUUGGAGUUGCGAAGAGUCUGAGUUUUGAGAAAGAACGAAGGCCUGACUCGGAAUCGGACGAAUCCAGCCGGCCAAAAGCGAAGGUAUUCAAGAAGAAGAAGAGAAGAAUCCCCAGAGAGAGAAGCAAAGCGCCCAUCCUGGACAUGUCCGUCACCGAAGAUUCCCAAAACGGGAGCUCUGAGUCCCAGGGUUUCGGAGUAAUCCCGAAAAUGCCGGACUUGGAACCAAAAACCGCCUUGCCAGUGGAUACGCUGAUCGACGACCAGGACUUGAAAGUCGCCGAGGUGAGCGGGAAGUUCAAAGAGUUAAAUCAGAUGCUGCAGGAUCGCACUGCUGCGAUUAAUCUGCUGACAAACGAAGUCGCCGUAAAAAUGGCGGAAGUCGACGCGGCGAGAUCUCAAGCAAACCAGCUGAUGACGGAGAAUGUCAGAUUGAAGGAGGAGCGAGAAAAGGUGGAGGCUGAGAAGGCGAAGGAGGUCAACGAGCUGAAGAGGUGCCACGCGGAGGCCGAGGAGAACUGGCAGAAGGUUUGCAAGGACCUGGAGGAGAAUUUCGAGAGGACGAUGCUGAUGAAGAAGGAAGCCGAGGCCAAGUGUCGGAGAUACGAGAGGGACAUUCAUAAAAGCUCAUUGGAGCUGAUCGCCCUGAAGGAGAAGCUGCUCACCACGACGCAGACUUAUGAGGAAGUCGUUUCCAACAAUAAGACCGAGAUACAUAGAUUGCGCAGAGAGCUGAAGGAACGGGAAAACCGGCACAAGAUCGAGCUGAACGUGCUGAAGAGCACGUUGAAGGACAUGACUCAAGCCCUGGAAGAGUGCCAGUCCCAGUUACAAAAAAGCAGAGCCGAGCUGCGAGAAGUUACCGACAACCAAAACAUCCUGAAGACGAGACUCAUGGAAAUGGAGCACAUCACCCUGAGAUGCUCCAGAUCCGAAGAGUCGCUCCAAAAGGUGAAGGAGGAAAGGGACAUUCUAGAAGAGAAGCUGAACGACACCCAGAGAGCGGUUGGGAUGCUGCAGAGACAAGUGACGUCAUUGCAGAGCGAGCUUAUAGAGCCGCAAAGGAGGUACGACUUGCUCAAGGAAGAACUGGAGCAGGAGAAGCAGAAGACCAGCAGACUGAAGCAGGAGCUGCAGGAAGAACGAGCCAGGACGAAGGAACAAAACCUCCAGAUACAGAAAAUGGGACUGCAAAUCACGGCCCUUAAUGCUCAGAUUAAUGAGAUUCAGAACAAUCACGCGGAAGCUUUAAGGGAAAGAGACAAGGAGAGGAAACAGCUGAAGGAGAUGAUCGCCCAUAAGGAGAGGGACCUUAACGAAUUGAAGGCAGAAGAGGUGCAACGUGCGGGGCAGCUUUAUGCAGCUUUCAGCAAAUAUUUGGGAUCCAUAGGACCUAAUCCAGUUUUGUGACAUUAUUCUUCAACAACGAAGCCUAGCUUAAUGCCGCGGACCCUUUGUAAAUACGUUUUCUACUUUUGUAUACCGAUUUAUCGUUGUUGAUAUAUUUAUUUUUUCUAGUAAAUUCAGUAAGAAGCUUUAGAAUGUUGUAUGAAUAGUUUAAGGCACUAGUUUAUACUUUACGGAGUAUUAUUACAUAUCUGGGGAGGGAAUCCCAGAAAUGUGGAAACUCUCCCUGGAUCGCAGCGCCACUCAGGGUGAACUAAAAGAUCACAAGUGUCCUUGUCGGAAGCAAAUAGAUGUUAAGCGAGAGAAAGAGAGAUACAAGAUAUCUGUGGUUCGUGUCCAGGCUUUUACUCACCUACAAUUUUCUGUUAAGGUGAUACGUAUGUAAGUGUGUAUAUUUGGCGCAAAACUCUACCGACUUUCCUGACGAGAAAGUGCCGACAAAAAGGUCUUGUUUAUGAAGCUUUUCCAAAUUAGGUUUACUGAAGUUGCAGCUAAA